AUCUUCAUCUUCAUCGCCAUUCGCUGCUUUCAUAUUCACUUAUCUUGAUCUUCAUUAACUGGUUCAAAAUCAAAGGAAAAGCAUAGUUUUUUGUUCUUUUUCAUAUUCACUUUUUGAACUCCAUGGCUGGUGUUAUUCUUUGGAUGGUGUGUCCCAAAGGGAAUGCCACUGCCUUGCUUAGCUUGAUACCCAGAGGUGGGAAGAAGCCAAAGAAGAGGUCUUUCAGAGGGGUUUCAGCUAUCUCGGGUGCAGUGGCUAACCCAGUCAGAUCUUCAGAACAGAGAGUUUAUGAUGUGGUUUUAAAACAGGCAGCUUUGGUUAAAGAACAAAGGGGGAAGAAAGCCCUUGAUUUGGAGAAAACAAGUGAAAAGACUGAUGGGUUUACUGAUUGGGAUCUGUUGAAUGAAGCUUAUGAUCGUUGUGGUGAAGUUUGUGCUGAGUAUGCCAAGACUUUCUAUUUGGUUUGGUGUAGGAGGACCGAUGAGCUUGUGGAUGGGCCUAAUGCCUCACACAUUACACCCAGGGCUCUUGAUCGAUGGGAGAAACGAUUAGACAAUCUUUUCGAAGGUCGACCGUACGAUAUGCUCGACGCCGCUUUAUCCGAUACCAUCUCAAAAUACCCUGUAGAUAUACAGCCCUUCAAGGACAUGAUAGAAGGAAUGAGAUUAGAUUUAAAAAAGUCCCGAUAUAUGAACUUCGAUGAGCUCUACCUUUACUGCUACUAUGUUGCUGGGACGGUCGGACUAAUGAGUGUUCCGGUAAUGGGAAUCGCACCCGAAUCAAAGGCAUCGGUAGAGAGUGUCUACAACGCUGCAUUGGCCCUCGGAAUUGCUAAUCAGCUUACAAAUAUACUCAGAGAUGUUGGUGAAGAUGCUAGGAGAGGAAGAGUAUAUCUACCGCAAGAAGAACUGGCACGUUUCGGGCUAUCGGACGACGACGUAUUCCGCGGACAAGUAACGGACAGGUGGAGGAACUUUAUGAAAGAUCAGAUAAAACGAGCAAGGAUGUUCUUCGACGAGGCAGAAAAGGGUGUUUCGGAGCUGAAUUCGGCAAGCAGAUGGCCGGUGUGGGCGUCGCUGCUGUUGUAUCGACAGAUAUUGGACGCCAUUGAGGAAAACGAUUACAACAAUUUCAACAAAAGAGCUUAUGUAGGGAAAGUAAAGAAGUUUGCAUCACUUCCGGUGGCAUAUGGAAGAGCACUUGUGGGCACUUCAAAAUUCAUUUGAAGUUUGUCGUUUUACCUUUGAUUCUCUUUUUCUUUUAUAUAAAUAUAAAUAAAUAUAUA